AGCAAGAACGCGAAAGCUAUGAAGAUUCAAAGUUCAUGAGCUUGCGUUACAAUUGUGGCGGUUACAAAGUGAAGUUGUGGGGUGACUCUAUAUGGAGUUGGGACCUUUGGGGUUGGGGACAUUUGUCACUCUACUAGCGAUAUUAAGGACAUUGAGAGGAUUCUACAGAAGUGUGAAGACCCUUCUAGACCCACCAUGGCCUGUGGGUGUGCCUAAGUGGUGUUCUAAAGCUUUGGAUGGCUCCAACUAUGAGGAAUGGAUUGGACGGAUGAGGAGUGCCUUCAAACGCUACAAGCUACUGAAGAUUGCUGUUGGGGAAGAGAAGAUGCCGGAAGAAGGCGAAGCACGCGAACGGUGGAUUGAGAAAAACGCGCCCAACACUCUCCCUAUGGUGAUCGUGCUCGAGAAGGAACUUGCUGCCAUCUCCAUGCGACCAGGGGACGAUGUGAAGCCGGUCCUUGACAAGAUCAAGGACACCUAUGCAAGGAUGGCAGCAGCGGGCAGCAGUGUAUCUCAGCUGCAGCAGUGCACCAAGAUCAUCUCGGUGUUGGACAAAUCUUGGGACAACCUCAUCCCCACCCUCAACUCUCAGCAAGAUCAAUGGACACCUGAAAUGGAGGGCACCUGCUGGUACUGCAAGAAGGUUGGGCAUCCUUGGUUCAAGUGCUUCAGCAGGCCGGAGGGAUGGGCACCUCCAGGCAUGAAGCCGCCCAAUGGUGAACGCGCACAAGGUGGCGCUGUGCAAGGCUCAGGUGCACAAGGUGAAGGUGCACAAGGUAAUGCCUAUCUUGGGAUGUUUCUCAUGGUUGAGGAUGUGCAUGGGCAUGAGGGUGAUGUGGGAUCUGUGGGAAAGGUUGUGAUGCACCCUCUCACGCACUGGGUGAUUGAUUCGGGUUGCACCAGUCACAUGACCCCACGGGCAGAUUUGCUUGAUGAGGUAAAACCCCCUGGGAAGAUUAAGUAUGUGGCAGCAGUGUCAGGUGCUUUGCUCCCUGUGAUUGGUGUUGGAAAUGCCAAGGUUAAGGGAGCUAAUGGGGAGCUUGUGGGGCUUGGGAAUGUUCUGCUAGUUGAAGGUUUGUCUGCUAACCUUCUCGCAGUGCGACGACUGCAGAAGAGCAAGGCCGAAGUGACCUUUGGACCAACCAGCUGCCGUGCUAAGCUUGGGAAGAAGGUGUUGUGGAGUCUGGAAGAGGAGACCAGCUGCAUCAAGGAUCUGUGGCAGCUGCCCAUCAUCCCUUGGAAUGGGAAGACUCCAACAGCAGCAACGGCAGCAGCGGCAAAGGCAACAGCAGGAGGAGAUGCAACUGCACCAACUGAUCGGGUCCUAGAAGCAUUCAAGAAAGAGCAGCAGACACAUGGUGAGGUGCUUGCUGGUGUGGAUGCGAGUGCGGCAUGGGCUAAGGCUUCAUCAAGGAGUAGAGAGGCCGAUUGGGAGACAUGGCAUGAGAGGCUGUGUCAUGUGAACUUCCCUAUGCUGCAGAAGUUGGUGAAGGAUGGGAGCCUGAAGGGCUUGGAGGUGAAAGGGGGAGUGAAGGAGAUUGGGAGCUGCCCUACAUGCUUGGAGAUCAAGUUCUCCAAGUUCCCCUUCAACAGCACUACAGGACCAGCCAAGACCCCACUUGCACUUGUGCACAUGGAUGUGGUGGGGCCCACAAGAGCCCCUUCCCUCUCAGGCAGCCGCUAUUUCUUGACAAUUGUGGAUGACCACACUCGGGCAGUGUGGGUUUACCCUUUGAAGAGCAAGGGGGAGGUGGCAGUGGCUGUCCUUAAGGAGUGGAUGCCUAGAGCUCAGGGGGAAUGCGGACACAAGGUGAAGGUGAUCCGCAGUGACAAUGGUGGGGAGUUCAUUGGAGCUGAUUUUGAGGGGGAGUUGAAGAGGAAGGGGAUCCAGCAUCAACUGACAGUGCCCUACAACCCGCAGCAGAAUGGCGUGGCUGAGAGGUUCAACAGGACCCUGCAGGAGGGGGCACGCACUCUCCUUGGGCGUGCAGGGCUGCCUGAUCCGUUUUGGGUGUCUGCACUGAGGCAGGUCGCCCUUGUGAAGAACAGGGUGCUGGCUACAGUUGGGGAUAAGGAGUGGAUCCCAUAUACCAAGUGGUAUGGGAGUGCUCCAGCUGUGAACAUGCUGAGGGCAUUUGGGUGCAUGGUGGUGUUUCAUGUGCCCAAGGAGAAAAGGGGGAAGUUGGAGGCUUCUGGAAGAUGGGGUGUGCACUUGGGGAUUGCAAAGGAUCACAAGGGGUGGCUGCUAUGGGACUUGACCACCCAGAAGCUGACAGUGUCAAGGGAUGUGAAGUUUCUUGAGUCCCUGUACUACAAGGAAUGGAAGCAGCAGCAACAGAAGCUUCCAUCUACACCGCUCAUUGUGGAGGCAGAUGAGGUGCAGCGGCCUUCAAGACAGGUGGAGGUUGCAGUGUCUGAGGAGGAGAUGUCUGGGGUGACUGAGGAAGGGGGAGCAGCUGAAGUGGAGCAGCAGCAGCAGCAUGAGUCUCCAUCUCGAGUUCCACACCCACCUGAGCGACCUAGGAGGGAUGUGCGCCCUCCAGUGAGGCUGACCUAUGGGGGAAGAGGCAAGCCGAAUGUGGUGCAGGCUGGGAGUGUGGUUGAGCAGAUUGAGGAAGAUGAGAUCGCUCACUGCUACUGGGCACCAAUCCCUGAGCCCAAGACUCGAGAGGAGGCCUUGAAUGGACCAAAUGGGGAGAAGUGGAAGGCGAGUGAGGAUGAGGAGUUCGGGUUCCUGAUUGAGAACGAGACAUGGGACCUGUGUGACUUGCCUCCUGGGAAGAAGGCAAUCACUUCCAAGAUGAUCUACAGGCACAAGUAUGGACCUGAAGGGGAGCUGACCCGCUACAAGUCUAGGCUUGUGGCACGGGGGUUUCAGCAGACAAAGGGGAAGGACUAUGAUGAGGUGUUUGCUCCUGUGGGGAAAGGAACAACAUUGAGGGUGCUGUUGGCGAUAGCUGCACUCCUGGGAUGGAAGAUACGGCAGAUGGACAUUGUGACUGCCUUUCUGAAUGGGAUCAUUCUGGAGGAGGUGUACAUGAAGCAGCCAGAGGGGCUGGAUGAUGGGAGCGGCAGGGUCUGCAGGCUGAAGAAGGCCAUCUAUGGCCUUAAGCAGGCGCCUCGUGCAUGGUAUCACAAGUUGGAGGAGGCGUUGUUGGCUGGGGGUUUCAAGAAGAGUGAGUGUGACCCCAGCCUGUUCCUGCUGCAGGAGAAGGAUGAAAUCCUCAUGCUCUUGGUGUAUGUGGAUGAUAUCCUUCUCUUUUCUGCAUCAACUGCUUUGCUGGACAGCGCAGAGCAGAUGCUGGAGAUGCAGUUCAAGUGUUCCAAGAUGGGUGAGGUGAAGUACUACCUGGGGAUGCAUGUGGAGAGAGAUGUGGAAAAGGGUGUGCUGAGGUUGCACCAGAGGAAGUACUGUAAGGGGCUGGCUGAGAAGUAUGGGCUGCAAGAUGGGGGAAAGCCAGCAACACCACUACCUUCAGGGUUUACUGUGGAGCCAUGUGCUGAUGAGGAGGUAGUGGGUGAGAGUGACAGGAAGCUGUUUCAUUCGAUGGUUGGGUCGCUGAAUUAUGCUGCAAAUCAUAUACGGCCUGACAUUGCAUUUGCUAUAUCACGGUUGGCUAGUGUGGUCUCACGCCCUAGUCAUGAGCAGCUGGAAGCGGCCAAGAGGUUGGUCCGCUAUGUGAGCGCUACGGCAUCAGUGGGAUUGAAGUACAGUGGAGUGAGGCAGCGGUUGCAGAGGUGCUGCAGAUGUGAAGAGUGGAGAGAUGCUCUUGAGUUGCUAUACUGACGCUAGCUUCAACUCAGUGAAAGCGGUUGGCACCAACAUUGGGGGUUAUGUGUGCUUGCUAGGAGGUGGUGCUGUGAGCUGGCGCAGCAAGAAGCAGAAUGAGGUGGGAUUGUCCUCAUGUGAGACUGAGUACAUGGCCUUACACCAUGGGGUCAAGGAAGUGGUGUCGCUGAGGCGUUUGUUGGAGGAGUUGGGAGUUGGUCAGGGGGCGCCGACUGUUGUGUUUUGUGACAAUGAGUCUGCUGUGAAGCUCGCCAAGAAUGCUUGUCUGCAUGGGCUGACAAAACACAUAAGGCCAAAGUGGCAUUGGGUGAGGAGACUCCUUGAUGAGGAGGUGUGGCUGGAGAUAGUGAAGACCCAUCAGCAAGCAGCACAUAUUUUCACGAAGCGUCUGGCGGAGGCGGAUCAUUGGAAGGGCAUGAAGCUUGUUGGGAUGAGUGUGCAUUGAGUAUGCAUGCUUGAGAUGUUGGUAUGGUGGAUGAUGGUUGGCAGCCAGAGGGGGAGAUUGUUGUGUGAUGUCAUCAUAUGCUAUCACAUUCUGUCUGCCUCCCAUCCCAUGUUUUCAACUUGCAUGUGUGGUUUGAACGUGUGCAAGAAUUUGU